CGGGGAGGAGGCGCAGCAGCAGCAAACGAAAAAAGUGGUGGAGGCGUUGGAGGCGAAGGGGUUGAGCUUUCUGCAGGCGCGCGUGGUGAUGAGUUUUGGUGCCGAUCAGGGUAUGUCCCCUUUGCCUUUUCCUAAUUCUGUGGUGCUGGAUGGGUGGAUGGAUGGAAGGCUGAUACGAUGUCGACGAGUGUAGCGGCGAUCUACGCGCAAGCGCGCGCGCUGAUCGACUGGAACACGCGCAACACCUUCUGCGGGACGUGCGGGCAGCGGACGAUCGCGGUGCACUCGGGGACGAAGCGGGCGUGCCCGGCGACGGACGCGGCGCGGCCGGCGGCGGGGUUGCCGGCGGAGCGGCCAGCGUGCAGCACGCGGACGACGAUCUCGAACCUGAGCUUCCCGCGGACGGACCCGACGAUCAUCGUGGCGGUGAUGUCGGCGGACGCGCAGCGGAUCCUCCUGGGGCGGUCGAAGCGGUUCCCGCCGAACUGGUACUCGACGCUGGCCGGGUUCAUCGAGCCGGCGGAGUCGGUCGAGGACGCGGUGCGCCGCGAGGUCUGGGAGGAGGCCGGCGUCACGCUGUCGCGCGUCGUCAUCCACUCCUCCCAGCCCUGGCCGUACCCGGCCAACCUGAUGAUCGGCGCCAUCGCCCAGGUCAGCGACGCCGCGCACGAGACGAUCAACCUCGAGCAUGACCCGGAGCUGGAGGAUGCCAGGUGGUUCGACAUCGCGGAGGUGGAGGAGGCGCUGCGGAAUGGGGUCAGUGCGCUCGGCGAUGGGCCCGGCCCCGAGUAUAAGGAGGGCGCGUUGCGGUUGCCGCCGCCCACGGCGAUUGCCAACCAACUCAUCAGAGCGGCGAUCAGUAUAGAUCUCCUUGGCGGGGAGAAGAACUCGAAGAUGUAGAAUAGAUUAGACAGGGCCUAGACAUUUGCUGUGCUUCGUGUGGGGGGUUUGUUUUCUUGGGAAGCGAAAUGUUGUUCACGUUUUAUAUACAAGUACAUGGUACCAACACCUCCCAC